AUGGCUGCGGAUUUUAUUCCACCUAUACGACUCCAGAUUUCUGUCUGGUUAGCAUCUUUCGCCACAGUACAACGUAUUUUCUGGACAUUACUGCUACAGGCUCAUAUCUUGCUGUAUAUGUCACUUGGUGGGCACCUUUCUCCUCCUCUUUCGCCUCCUCUUCCGAGAUCUGAUAAUAAUUACAACAUCAUUGUCCAUUCUUCUGAUUUCAACCAACAGCUACUUCCCCACUUUUCAUGA